AACUGGAACAAAAUAAAAGAAAAACCAAAAACCAAAAACCAAAAAAAAAACAAAAAGGAAAGUAAAGAAAGUAAGAACGGAAAUCGGUUUGCGUAAACCACUACCACCGAUUCUUUCAUUCAUUCAUUCAUUCUUUGAUUCAUUCAUUUCAUCCAUUCUCUCUCUCUUUCUUUAUUUCUCUAACACACUCCUCCUACUCUCACCGCACCAUUCUUUCAUCAACUCCAACCAUUACUUACUCUCUCUCUCUCUCUCUCUCUCUCUGUCAGUUACUAUACACCUCUGUGACCCAUCUGGCUCUCUAAGUUCUUUCUUGCAUUUUCACAGAUCGUUUUGAUGGAACAUCAUUUUUGAUCGUUCCCUCUUACCCUCCUUACCAAAAAGCUUGCAUUUUUAAGGUAGGAUUUCCACUGGUUAUUUUACUCUAGUUCUUCAGGAGCAAGUAAAAAGAGGAAUUUAUUUUUCUUUGAGGAAAAUGUUGGGAGGCAACAAUGGCAAUCCUGUGCAUCCUGCUUUCCUUGAUGAGAAUCGUUUCCAGUUUCAGACUGAUGCAUCAAAUAAGCUGCAGUUAUUUGGCAGUCUGCCAGCUGGAUGUAGUGUUGAUCCGGUAAAUUAUUUUGGAAAUGAGCAUAUUACUCCUAUGCUUCGGCCAAAUAAACGAGGCAGGGAAAUGGAAGAUAUCUCAAGGCAGCAAAAACUUCAGAUAUCCUUAAAUUACAAUGCCUGUCAAGAUGAAGUUGAUCGCUCAGCAAGCAUUCCAAACCCGAAUGCUGUAUCAACAGGGUUACGAUUAUCAUAUGAUGAUGAUGAACGGAAUUCGUCUGUAACUUCUGCAAGUGGAAGUAUGACGGCUGCACCAUCAAUCAUCUUGUCCCUUGGUGACAAUAUUAGGACUGAGCUUGAUCGGCAGAAAGAAGAGUUUGACCAGUAUAUCAAAAUUCAGGAGGAACACUUGGCAAAAGGGGUAAGGGACUUGAAGCAGAGACACAUGGCUUCUUUCCUUGCCACUAUAGAGAAAGGCGUAAGUAAAAAGUUACGCGAGAAAGAAAUAGAAAUAGAUAACAUGAACCGUAAGAACAAGGAACUGGUAGAGAAAAUAAAGCAGGUAGCCAUUGAAGCCCAGAAUUGGCACUAUAGAGCAAAGUACAAUGAGUCGAUUGUCAAUGUCCUGAAGAGCAAUCUCCAGCAGGCGAUAUCACAGGGCGCGGAACAAGGGAAGGAAGGAUUCGGAGACAGUGAAGUUGAUGAUACUGCCUCAUAUAUUGACCCAAACAACUACCUCAGCAUUCCAGGUGGGCCUUCAAAAUCAAUUUCCAGGAAUUACCAAGGCUUGAAGGAGCACAUGAUUUGCAGGGCAUGCAAGGCAAGGGAGGUGUCUAUGUUAUUGAUGCCUUGUAGGCACUUGUGUUUAUGCAAGGACUGUGAUGGGUUAAUUAGUGCCUGUCCUGUAUGCCAGUUGAUGAAAACUGGUAGUUUCCAAGUGUACCUGGCCUAAAUUAUACCAUGAAAAUGAAAAAUCAAUUACUCUACAUCCCUGAAAUUGUGAAUCAUAUGUGGGGAACCAAUUAUGUUCAUAAAUAGAGCACGUGUGAUUUUUCUGUAGAUA